UGGACAACCCACUCGGAUAGUUCAGGUGUUAAUCGAAGGUGGUGAUUAGCAGCAGUUGCAUUGCCGGAAAGAGCAUUCCAACUGUUCAGUUCCUGUAUCAAUCUAGAGCACACACUCCAACACAAACAUCCCUGCUGCUGAUUGCCCUGCCCGUCCGGUGCAGGCGACUACGUCUGGAUAUUGUUGAGUUGGAUUCCUGGUGUGUGAUAUUUGUUUGCUUUUGCACAUACGUAGGUAUGUGGCUGUGAAGUGAUUUGGGUAAGCGUCGGCAUCAAUAUUAGUCACCGCAACUCUUCGGUCGGCCUGGAAUUGCCACAGUAAAACCUACUUCGGAAAACCACACCGCAACUACAUAAAACAGCAGCAUUCACAUCGUAUCCCCAAAGGGACUAUCUGGUGAUCGGUAGGGCUGAAAUCAUUCCGACCGGUUAGUGAGUGCAUCGAAAAACAUUCCCACAUCCCGGGUAGAUAUCAUCCAGUGUAAGCCUCGGCAGGAACAUGUCGUCGAGCGACAUUCUGAACAUCGUCGUGGUCGGAGACGGUGCCGUGGGGAAAACUUGUCUUCUGCAUGCCUACACGGAUGAAUCGUUCAACAAUUUCUACCAACCGACGAUAUACGAUAAGGAAUCAAUUGAGAUGACGCUGGAUGGACGGAAACACACAAUACAACUGCACGACACGGCCGGCCAGGAGGAUUACGAUCGGAUUCGGCAGCAGUUUUACAAACGAGCACACUGCUUCCUGCUAUGCUACUCUAUCAACAACCGGAUCUCAUACGAAAACAUCACUGCCAAGUGGAUCCCAGAAAUCACGGCCAACCAGCGGGUCCCGAUAGUACUGAUAGCAACCAAAUUGGAUUUGCGAAAAGGUGCCAGCAACGAAGUAUCCACCGCGGAAGGCACCCGCCUAGCGCGCAAAAUCAAUGCCAACUCAUUUGUCGAAAGUUCGGCCAAGAAGGAUGUAAAUGUAAAACUGGCAGUGGAGGAAGCAGUCCGAGCUUGUUUUCUUGGUGUCCCGUCCGCACCGCUGGAGGUUUCAUGCUGGGACAAGUGCUGGCCGUUGUAGGCCGGUUUUUGAAACUAGGGACAUCUUUUUAAGUUUCACAGAUAGUUGCGCCGUGCUUUCGUAAUUGUUCUUUUAUGUAUUAACAAACAAAUCUUAUAAUUACCUUAACCGAUUUUAUGUUAGGACUAACUUGCUUAGGAAAA